AUGUUGUCGACACUUUUUGUUGUAUGUUUGAUGGUUGCUAAUGUAUUUGGAGCACCAACAGAAGAUGAUAAUGAUCGAUUGAGACAUAAGAUAUUCAAACACCUUGUAAAACAAAGGAAGUUUGUUGUGGGUAUGUCCUUAGUUGAGAAGGAAAUGAAGAAAAGACCAAAUCUUUUUGAUUUUGCUUUGCUUAAUAUGUUUCACAAAAUAAGAUAUUACGAGACGGAAAUUGUUCAAUUUUUAAAUGGAUGCUAUAGUAACAACCCAACGGACGAUGUGAGUGUGAGUUUAUAUAUGACAAGUCUUAACAUAUUGUAUUCUUCAACACUUAGAAAAGAUUAUGAAAAUGUUUUACUCUACAAAGAGAAGUUAUCCAAAUUAAUCGAAAAACAAGAAGGUAUUUCUUCUAAAACAAAAACACUAAUGAAUAAUGCACUUGAGUCUAUUAAACACCAUUUACUUGCAACAAACUCACUUGUUGUUGAUUUUCAAAGUGAUUCGAGGUUUGCUGCUGCUGGCAAUUUUGAUGAAGUUCAGAAGGCUAUUUCUUCGAUUUUCAGUGAUGCAGAAGAGAAAAAGCCAAAAACCUUUUUGUAUCAAGACGCUAUCCCCGGAAAAGCUGUUCGUUGUAAAGUUUCUGUUGACGAAUUACACAAACUAUAA